AGCGAGGGAAGUUGAAAUUUGAACUUCUGUUGUGAGCAGGUGAGGCUUAGUCGGUCGCUGGGUCGGUCGUGAGCUGAUUUGGACUCUCCUUCGAAGAAGAAGAAUAGGAUUUACUUUUGGUUCUUGUUCCUUUAUAUUUUCAGAAUGAGCAAAACGACGACCAACUUUGCUGCUCGGUACAAAAAGGAUCUGAGCACAGAGGCUCUCAAGGCCAAACUCGUCCACAGGAAGUCUGUUUUGCAGAAGGAGAGCCGGCACGAUCACUUCAAUAAGGGCCGGCAGUUUGGGCUGGCAGAUGUCAAUACCCAACAUGCGAGAGACAAGGAACUUUCCCGUCUGGAGGAGACCGGCGAAGUGCACUCGGCAGCGAAGAGCACAGGAAAGCCAAAACAAAUCACGAACGCUAAGGCUUGCGGGAAGGAGCGCUUGGAAAUGCUGAAGCGUUACAAAACCGAAAAAGAACUGCGCAAGCUGAAAGAACAAAGAGAGAAGCCCGUGUUUAAGUGUGGGCGCUACAAGCCGGAAAUGCCGUGCUUUCUUCCGCAACCAUCGCAGAUUCCUGUGCCGAACAAAGCAAAGGAGAAGGCGUCGCUGCUUCCAGUGCGGGUAACAAGAUCGAAGGCGAAGAACGCCUUGGAAGAGAACACAAACCCCUCUUUGAGACCCCCGGCUUCUAUGGUCUUGCCCAAGUGUACCAGUAAGAGCUCUCGUCUGGAACCCCCUCAACAUAGACAGCAGCACAUCUAUGUGGACAAACCUACCAAAAAAGAGAGUAAAGGGGCUCAGCCUGCAGUGCCCACUAACACCAACGGCAGAGUUACGAGAGCGACAGCAGCUGCCGCAUCCAAGGGUCUGCCGGGGAUGGCAGGGGCUCAGCCUGCAGUGCCCACGAACGCCAACGGCAGAGUUACAAGAGCGACAGCAGCUGCCGCAUCCAAGGGUCUGCCGGGGACAGCAGGUAAUCCGGCACAGGAAAGGGUGACGGGCAAAGGAAAGCAGCAGACGGAGAACAAACACAAGGAGGCGUUACUUGUUACAAAAGAGGACAGUCCAGGGAAGCCGCUAGAAGAGAGGGCUAACUUCCAACUUGCUCCAGCUGGAGACGCUGAGGAGGCCGAGGCCUUUCCGGAGAAGGAAAAUACCCCGGCGCUUUGCAUCCCGGCUGUUCCUUCAAGAAGAACGCGUUCGUUUGCCCCUCAGAACUUCGUCUUUCAACCUCUGGAGGGCGUGACGUCUUACAAGGUCUCCCCGAUGACCCCUUCUAGGGCCAGCUCGUUCUUUUCCGCCGAUCUGACUUGGAUUCCCACCAAGACCAGCAGUGAUGUCCCUACAGAUGGUGCACAGGAAACUACACCACAGGACUAUCGUUCAGAAAGCGGACCUUUCCCUGCGGCAGAAGUGAUCAAGAACGAUCCCCCAGAAUGUCCGUCUGCUGUGGAUCCUCAGGAGGAAAAGAUGGAACAUGUGACGAAAGAAGAGGCCACGGGCGUUACCGGCGAGAUGGAGAUCGAUCAGCGCCUUGCCGACCUUCCUGCACCUGAAACUUCGGAGCCAAUGGGAGAGCCGCAACACGAUGUGCCUUAUUUCAGAAACAUUCUUCACUCCGAAACAGAGAGGCUGACCUCGUGUUGUCGCGAAUGGGAUGGAACAGCCGCAAUGGACAUCCCAGAGGACGCUCAAGAUCUUGUCCGCACAACCGUUGGGCAAACCAGGCUGCUCCUAGGGGAGAGGUUCAAACAGUUCGAAGGACUGGUGGAUAACUGCGAGUUCAGGCGUGGCGAAAAGGAGACGACGUGCUCGGACCUGGACGGAUUCUGGGACAUGGUCGCCUUCCAGGUAGAAGACGUGAACAAAAAAUUUGAAAGCUUGAGAAAGCUUCAGGAGAACGAGUGGCAAACGGUAGAAGACCCUUGGCCCGAGCAGAUCCCCAAGAAGAAGACAACUUCCCAAAGGCCCAGCAAAGCAACGAGCCGGUCUGCCGGAAAGGCCGCUGCCCGAAAACGCCUCGCGACCAUCAAGGCGAUGAUGAAGAAUAAGAUGAAACCCGAGGGGCUGGCGGCGAGCCGAGAAACACCCGAGGAGGAGGAAGGGAAAGUUUUCUUUGACGGAGGGUUUUUCCAGGUCGAGUCUCCUGCUAAACCUUUCCCAGGCCACACCCCUAAAUUGGCAAGCAGAUCUUCCUGGCGGCCUUCCGGACAGGCAACCCCAAGAUCUGCCAGCCGGGCCUUUCUUCGGAGUUGCGUGGAUACCUGCGUGGCAAGACUCGGCACGCCAGAGGCACCCAGAAGUUGCCUUCCUUCGCCUUACCUGACUCCGUCGGCGGGCCCUUCUCAAAUCAAUCUCCUCAGCUGCGUUCCUGAUCAAAGUCACACAGAUGCUGCAGAGGGAUCUGGUGCCGUAGCGGACAGCGUAGCUGAAGAAACCGACGAAACACAAACAGCCUCUGCUGGCAGUACCUCUUUCUCUAGUGAUCUGACGGACUCGGUUUCCAUGGAUUCCCUGGAGGCAGAAAGUCCCGACUGUAAAAAGGAAGCCCCCGGUGUUGUAGAAGAGGUUCAGCAGGCGGCUACAGGCGUGGGAGACGAGGGUGUGUUGUGCAGCCCCGAGAAAGAUUCCCUCUUUGAACAGGCUUCCUCUCAAGGUGAAGAGCAGCGUACACCAGAAUGCCAGACAGGCAGUCUUCUCGGCGACUUCUCCUGCGAUGGCGGAACCCAAGAGGGCGAGCCAAAUCUGGACUGCAGUCUUUUCUUCACUCCUCUGAAGAACGGAGCCCAGACGUUUGCAGCAGCUGCUUCUGACGAUAACCUCAUCGCGUUUUCCCCCCUCCCAGCUGGGGAAAAAUGAGGGACUUUUCUUUCUUUUUUCUUCAAUGUCGCUCUCUUGGGAUAUGGUCUAAUGGACAACGGGUACAUCUAAGAGCUGACUAAAUCAGGGGUGGCCAACCUAUGGGGCUCCAGAUGUACAUGGACUACAAUUCCCAUCAGCCCUGGCCAUGCUGGCAAGGGGUGAUGGGAACUGUAAUCCGUGAACGUCUGGAGCCCCAUAGGCUGGCCACCCCUAGACUUAAUGGAUCUCCCAACUUUAUAAAUUCUAGCUUGUUACCAAAUUUACACUGCAGCGUUCUAAAGAAGAGGUUUCCACUUUAAAGUGUAUAAUGCAGAGUUUAACUGGCUUAGCUGGCCACACUGAAGUGUCCGCAGUAGGAACUGAUGGGAAAUAGAAAUGCUAAGAUUCCCAGGCAUCUGAAUGUGAACCCGUUUAAUUUUUAUUUUGGCUGUUUAAACAGGCAGCUUGCAGUGUAAGUUUCUCAUAUUUCUGUCUCUGCUGAUCAUUCUUUGUCUUCCAAUGUGGGCACUCGAAAAAAAUAUUAAAAAAUGGUUUUAGAGAGUGGUUCCCCCCCCCCCUUUGGCAUACUUCAACUGCAUUAUUAUUAAAGUUAUUUUAACCCA